CUGUCCUUCUUGCUUCCUGCCCCAGGCCCCGAGCUGAGGACGGAGAGCCCGGAGGACAAAUCCCCCCGUGAGACCCUGGUGGGAGAGGCCAUUUUGAAGGGCUUCCCGGCGCAGGAAGGCAGCGGGGAGGAAAAGGGCCGGAGAUCCCCCCGCAGGAGGGGCUCCAAAGCCAUCCCAGGGUGCUCUGAGGAGGAAAGAGCCAGCCUGUGCCGGGAAGGCGGCUGGAGCUUGAGGCGGAGCCUUGACCUGGUGGUCCCUGAGCAGCCUCCCAGCAGGGAGAAGCCCUUCAGGUGCUUGGAAUGUGGGAAGAGCUUCAGGCAGAGCACCCACCUCCUCACCCACCAGCACAUCCACACUGGGGAACGGCCCUACCCUUGUGGGGAAUGUGGGAAGAGCUUCAGGCAAAGCUCCAAGCUUAUCCAACACCAGCGCAUCCACAGUGGGGAAUGGCCCUACACAUGUAGAGAAUGUGGGAAGGGCUUCAGUGACAGGUUCACUCAACACACCCACCAGCGCAUCCACAGUGGGGAACGUCCCUACAGGUGUGGGGAAUGUGGGAAGAGCUUCAACUGCAGCUCCAACCUCCUCACCCACCAGCGCAUCCACACUGGAGAACGUCCCUACACGUGUGGGGAAUGUGGGAAGAGUUUCAGGCACAGCUCCACCCUCCACUCCCACAAGCACAUCCACACUGGGGAACUACCCUACACGUGUGGGGAAUGUGGGAAGAGCUUCAGGAACAGCUCACACCUCCGUAUCCACCAGCACAUCCACACUGGGGAGCGGCCUUACACGUGUGGGGAAUGUGGAAAGAGCUUCAGUGACAGUUCCAAUCUUCACGCCCACCAACGCAUUCACACCGGAGAACAGCCUUACACUUGUGGGAAAUGUGGGAAGAGGUUUCAGACCGCUCAGGCAUGA